AAAACAAUAACACUAGUUUUUCUAUAUUCAUUGAAAAUUAUAUAAAUAACAAAGGUAUAAAAGAUCAUAAAGAAAGUAAAAGUUGAGUUCUCUCUUACAAAACGUAUUUGCACAUACAAAAAGUCAUCUUUUCAUCAUAAUUUUAUAUAGACCAUUUAUUACAAAGUAUAUACUUUGCAUUUCCAAUAUAUUUUGUAACAAGAUAAAUAAUAUUACAUAAUAAAAAUAAAAAAUAAUUCGAAGGUACAUGGUAAGCGCCGGACGGAUUAUCUCUUAUAUUACUUAUAACAAUUAUGUAUUUCGGAAGAGUUAAAACGAAAAACUAUUUUUUUUAAUUCUCUCGUAAUGAAAUUAGACCAUUUAUAACGUAUUAUAAAUUUAUUUUGAGAUAGAGUUCUCCUGCAAUGCGAAUAGUAAAGCGCUACAAGCCACGGGCCGAUAUAUCGGUACUGGCACUUCUCGCCAGUGCAUCAAGAGCCGAUAUAUCGGCCUCCGGCACUAAAAGGGUUAAGGCCAUGAGUGGUAUUUGUCCUGAAACCUGUAUAUACAUGAUACGAAAAAUCGUAAACGUGUCUUAAGUACACCUGUAAUAUUAUAAAUUGUAAAUAAAUUUGUUUAAUUCAGUUUCUUUUAACAAGAUUUCGUUUAACUGGUAAGAUGAAGUCACCGUAGCAUUGUAUUGAUAUUGUGAUAUGAAAGUACUACAAAUUGAUGUAAAAUAAAGGACUGCUUUAAACAAAACCGAUUUUACUAUUAUAAUUUUACUGCUUUUAUUUCAUAAAACAUUGGAAAACAACGAACAUGUAUAAUGAUUUUUUAUCAAAGGAAUUUCAUUUCAUCCAUUGAAAGUAUUAACACCCAAACAUGGCGCCAUUCGCCAUUCCUCACUUAGUGCCACCAACGUAACAGUUGCAAAUUUAAAUAUUAUAAAAAUAGAAUUCUUUUAAUUUGAUAAUUGCUAUUUAACGAAUGAAAACUUCGAAAUAAGUUCAAAUGUAAAAUCAUAAUUUAAAUGGUGUAGUAAAAUUUUAUCUGUGAAUAAAAAAAACUUGUAUAUUACGAAAUAUUUUCGUUACUGUUUCAAUGUGACCGGACGAAUUGUUUUCCUCUGAUACUUAAAGAUCAAACAAGGAAACUCUUAUCAAGAUUUUGUAUCACUUUUUCAUGAGAUUCAUUGCAUUUUAGUAGCAGAUUCAGUGGAAUAAACAUUGCUCAAAAUGGCAUCAUCACAGAUUGAAAAAAUUGUAAAGCUGUAUAAAACAUUGGCACAAAAUCCAUCCUUAAAUUCUGCAAAGAUUCUUCGAGUUGCAGAAAAUGAAAUAUCAAUCAUGGGUGGAUGGUCACAAAGAAAUUUAGAAAGGAAAAUGAAUCAAAAAUUUUCUCAAAAUUAUAUUUUAGAUUCAACAUUACGACUUCUAUUUGAACAUUUUCCCACUGAUAUCACAGCGGAACUUUCAUCUGCAUUUACCGAAGAUGCACAACAGAGAGCUGUAUUAAGACAAGCUACAGUGGACAAUACCACAAAACAAUUUAUUGAAAUUUGGGAUAAGCAAAAACUCAUUAAGAAUUAUGACUUAGCUGCUAUAGAUGUGCAUGGAGAUGUAUACACAGAUUCCGAAUUUUCUUCUUUUGAAUGGUCUCCAGAUAAAAAGAAAAUCGUGUAUAUUGCAGAAAAAAAACUUCCAAAAUCAAAACCAUUCUAUAAACAGAAGUCUCUUAAUACAAAAGAUGAAGAGAAGAAAGAGGAAACUGAAUCAGUGGGUAAUGAGUACGUUUAUUUGCCUCAUUGGGGAGAGCAAUUGGUAGGUAAACACAAACCAGUGGUUGUAGUACUUGAUACUACGAAAGACAAUAUUUCAGCUGUUUCAAAUAUACCGGAUGAAUUAUCACCUGGUCAAGUAUUAUGGAUGAAAGAUAAUGAAGGAAUAAUUGGUGUAGCAUGGAAACACGAACCAAGACAUUUAGGUCUUAUUGCAUGUACUAAUAGACUUUCUUGGAUAUUCUUAUGGAAGGAUGGAGAGUUCAAAAAACUGUCUAGUGAUGGAUGUGCUGUCCGUUGUCCUCGACUUAGCCCAGAUGGGAGAUUUUUAAUUUGGUUGGAAAGAGAAGCUGGUGGUGCACAUCAGAAUGCUCACAGGCUAAUGCAUUUAGACUUACAGUCAGAAAAACAGAAGGCCAGUAUUCUUGUAGACAUUGUACCUACAAGUAUAGCUAUUAAAAACUCCAAACAAUUUUAUGGUUUGUACGGUCGUUUACCACGUCGAUGUUGGAGCAAUGAUUCACAAUACAUAUUCUUGAGUACACCUCAACAGAAUAACAUACGUUCCUAUGUCGUAGACAUAAAAGCAAAAACCAUAACCGAAAUCCAGAAUGAUAAAAGCAGCCUUACUAUUUUGGACGUGAAAGAUGACGUUAUUGCAUUUUCGCAAACGUCUCUUUUAGAUCCUUCUGAUCUCAUAGUCGGAAGAUUUCACCCAGAAGUGGUCGACAGUGGUAUCAUUCCAAAAAAUAAAAUUCUAUCUUCUGAAACAAUCCCUGGUUCUGAAAAUCUAAUGUACGAAAUCUGUGAUUACGAUUACAAUAAUGACGAUGAAAUUAAACAUUUCAAUUUCAUCUAUUUCGGACCGAAGAGUGGGGACAAUAAAUCUGUACCGUUGAUUAUUGCAGCCCAUGGUGGACCUCAUUCUAAUUAUGCAAACCAAUUUGCACUAGAUUACUAUCUAUUUGUAUUAUCAGGUUUCGCUGUUGUACAAGUUAAUUACCGUGGUUCGACGGGAAUGGGUUCUAAGAACGUCGAAUACCUUCAAGGAAAAGUUGGAGAUGUUGAUGUAAGAGAUUGUGUAACUGCUACAAAUGAGGCGUUAAAAAAAUACCCAUGGUUGAAUCCAGAUCAAAUAGGAAUCACUGGCGGUUCACAUGGUGGAUUUUUAGUAACCCAUCUAAGUGGCCAACAUCCAGACCUGUACAAAGUUGUUGUCGCACGGAACCCAGUCAUUGACAUCGCUGCUAUGUUCACGAUAUCAGAUAUUCCAGACUGGUGUGCCGCUGAAGUGAAUUAUCCUUUCGACGAAAGCACACCGAUGCCAGAAUCAGAACAAGUUGAAAUGCUUGUGAAAAUGUUUAAAUGUUCUCCGAUCAUUCACGUUAACAAAGUCAGAGCGCCAACUUUAUUGUGCAUUGGUUCAAAUGAUUUACGUGUGCCACCGUCUCAAGGAAAAUUGUGGUACCAGCGUCUUAAAGCAAAUAAUGUCACGACAAAACUGCUACUUUACGAGGACAAUCAUCCUUUGGCAUCAGGACCAGUGGAAAUCGACAAUGUUAUCAAUGCUUGCUUAUGGUUACACAAAUACAUCUCAACGGAAAAGUUUGAAGGUAUAAACUCGCAAGAUUAAGAAUGUGAUAAAUACUGGUAAUUUUUUUAUAAUUUUAUUAUUACAAAUUUAAUAUUUACACAAAUUCGUCAUGUAUACGUGUAUAAAGGUUCGUAACAAAUAAAUUUUCAAAAUAUACACA